AGCAUGUCUUUCUGACGUGCAAUCUUUAGUCUUGUAAAAGUAGCAAAAACUCUAGACGUUUUCAACUCAAUUCAUCGCAUCUUUGAUAUUUCAAUCUCUAGACGUGUUGAGGUGGCACAUAUAUAGCCUGAAAACCUUGCAAUUUAACUGUGGUUUGGGAAGCUAACAAAGUGCAUUUUUGUUGCUCUGCUGCUGAUAGACCAGCUCACGGUGUCCCUUUAUUCUCUGCUUUCACUUCAGCAAUUGCAGGAUUAAAGGUACUGCCAUGGAAUCCGGGGAAGGGAGUAGCUGGCUACUUCUGGUAUGAUCCUGUGCUUUGUGAUUCUUCUUAUGGUGUAUUUAAAGAUCUACUCCUUGCAUAGUCUUUCCUCAGUUGCUCUCCUUCAAGAUCGGUCUUCUUCAAAACUGUGAGCAGGGCAGCAGGCAAGUGAAGUCCACGCACGGGCGGGCAGGCCACCAUGGUGAAGAUCUGCUGCAUCGGCGCCGGCUACGUCGGUGGCCCGUCCAUGGCCGUGAUGGCGCUCAAGUGCCCGUCCAUCGAGGUCGCCGUCGUCGACGUCUCCCGCCCGCGCAUCGACGCCUGGAACAGCGACCGCCUCCCGGUCCUGGAGCCGGGCCUCGACGCCGUGGUCAGGGAAUGCCGCGGCCGCAACCUUUCCUUCAGCGCCGACGUCGACCGCCACGUCGCCGACGCCGACAUCGUCUUCGUGUCCGUCAACACGCCCACCAAGGCCCGCGGCCUCGGCGCCGGCCGCGCCGCCGACCUCGCCUACUGGGAGAGCGCGGCGCGCGUCGUCGCCGAAGCGUCGCGCCCCGGCAGGAGCAAGAUCGUCGUCGAGAAGUCCGCCGUCCCCGUCAGGACCGCCGAGGCCAUGGAGCGGAUCCUCCUCGCGCACGGCGGCGGCGGCGGGGCCGCGUUCCAGGUCCUCUCCAACCCGGAGUUCUUCGCCGAGGGCACCGCCGUGCGCGACCUGCUCUGCCCCGACCGCGUGCUCAUCGGCGGCCCCGACACGGAUGCCGGCAGGGCCGCCGCGCGCGCGCUGAGGGACGUGUACGCGAACUGGGUCCCCGAGGACCGGAUCGUCGCCACUGACCUCUGCUCGGCGGAGAUCUCCAAGCUCACCGCGAACGCGCUCCUGGCGCAGAGGGUCUCCUCGGUGAACGCCAUCUCCGCUCUCUGCGAGGCCAUCGGCGCCGACGUCUCGGACGUCGCGCGCGCCGUCGGCGGGGACGGCCGCGUCGGUGGCGCCUUCCUGAACGCCGGCGUGGGGUUCGGCGGGCCGAACUUGCAGAAGGACGUGCUGCAGCUGGCGUACGCGUGCGAGUGCCACGGGCUCGCCGAGGCGGCUGAGUACUGGCGGCAGGUGGUGGCGGUGAACGAGUACCAGAAGGGCCGGUUCGUGCGCCGCGUGGUGGCGUCCAUGUUCGGCACGGUGGCUGGCAAGAAGGUGGCCGUGCUGGGGUUCGCGUUCAAGGAGGGCGUCGCCGACUCGAGGGAGUCCCCGGCGGCCGACGUGUGCAGGGGCCUGCUCGGCGACAGGGCCCACGUCAGCGUGUACGACCCGGCGGUGGGCGAGAAGCAGAUACGGAGGGACACGGCGGCGCCGGCGGCGAAGGAGCGGCAGGUGCGCGUGGCGAGGGACGCGUACGAGGCCGCCGAGGGCGCGCACGGGCUCUGCGUGCUCACGGAGUGGGACGAGUUCAGGACACUCGACUACCGCCGGAUCUUCGACGGCAUGCGGAGGCCGGCGUUCGUCUUCGACAGCCGCGGCGUCGUGGACGUCGGGAAGCUCAGGGAGAUCGGCUUCGUCGUCUACUCCGUCGGCAAGCCGCUGGACCCCUGGCUCAAGGGCUUGCCGGCGGGGGCGUAGACCGUUUCUGCUGUAAAAUCCGACUAAACCAAUGUGCUUUAAUUUUAGUAGAAAAAAAGGAUGUGCUUAAAAUUAAAGUUCUUUAAGAAAACUUUUCCGGUAACAAAGUUCUGAUUCGCCAGACUAAUUUAGUACGAAUAUACGAUCACUGAACAUUCCAUUCACACAAGACUGAAGAUAACGUUCCAGA